GACCUUGAUUAAAUUUAUGUAGUGAAGCUCAAAAGAACAGUGGUCCUCGUCUUUGUUUUCUCAUGGAGAAUCAUAUUUUCUUUGCCUGAUCCUGUCAGAGAAAAACUUUUGCAUUAGUUUUCUUCUUUCAUUUAGUAAGAAGAGAAAACAGAUGUUUGGCUUUUAGUUUUAUAUAUAUAUAUAUAUAUUUUUUUUUUUUUUUUUUUUUUUUUUUGGGGUUCGUAAAUAAAAAGUGCAAUAUUGUGAGGAAUUAAUAAUAGAGCUCCUCUGUUGUGAACGUUUGGAUCUUCAGUAGGAGAGACAGCAAAGGCCGAAGGGGAAUAUUAUGGCAGAGGGAUUUCUUAUUGACAAAGCAUUCUCAUUGCUGUUUGAUGCGAUUAAAGGAAUCAAGGACAAGAAUGUCAGGUUCAAACCUAUCCUCAAUAAGCUCAGUCUCAGGCUAAAACAUAUGCAAUCAAUGAUCAUAGAGAUACAACAGCUGAACAGAGGAUUGGAUGUGCCAGAAAGCGAAACAUCAGAAUUUAAAUCGGCAAUGGAGAAGGGCGCAGAACUGGUUCGAAAAUGCUCCCAGGUACGGUGGUAUAACAUCUGCAAGAAGUGUCAGUACACCGGCGAGCUGGUUGAAUUGGAUGAAACUCUUCGGCUUUUGUUUCAGACACUAAAUGUCCAGUUAGCGAGGGAUGUGAAGAGAAACUCGCAGCAGAUAAAAGAAAACUUGCCGGAAUCGAGUAGUGAUGGAAGCAAUCAGAUAUCAACGGUGGUUCCAUUCAAUUUACCUCCACUCCCAUCGCUUGUUGUAGGAUUGGAUGGGCCAUUGAAGGAGCUAAAGGAAACACUCCUUACAAAUGAGGCAUCGUUUCUUGUAGUGACUGCUCCUGGAGGAUGCGGGAAGACUGUCUUAGCACUAAAGUUUUGUCAUGAUAGCCAAGUGAAAGAGAAAUUCAAGAACAACAUAUUCUUUGUUUCGUUAUCAAAAUCCCCCCCUAGUCUGAGUCUUCUUGUACAACAACUAUAUAAACUCAAGGGGAAUGGGGUGCCUGAUAUUCCAAACGAAGAAACUGCACUCGACUUCUUGGAAAAUUUGCUAACUCAACAAGAACCAAAUUCUACAUUGUGGGUCCUGGAUGAUAUUUGGCCUGAAUCGGAGCCUCUUGUUGAGAAGCUAGUUCUCCAAAUACCACCAGAGCACAAGAUUUUGGUGACAUCGAGAUCUGAAUUGCUGAGAUUAGGACAAUCAUAUCAUUUGAAUCCACUGAAUGAUAAAGAUGCCAUGACUCUUUUCCGUCAUUUGGCCUCCUUGGAAGAUGGGAAAUAUCAAAUUCCAGAUCAUAUUGUCCAAAAGAUAGUGGGUUACUAUAAAUUUUUCCCUCUUGCCCUUGAAAUCGUGGCCGGAUCACUACGCAGGCAGCCUGCAGAGGUUUGGGAAGGUAGACUGAGAAAAUGCCUUGAUGGUUCAUCUGCACUCGGUUCUGAGAGUAAUAUACUCUCCAGCCUGCAAAGCAACUUACAUGAAUUGAAGUUUAUUAUCAAGGAGUGUUUCAUGGACCUUGGCUUAUUUCCUGAACACCAGAGGAUCCCUGCUGCUUCCCUUAUCGAUAUGUGGACGGAAUUAUACGAGCUGGAAGAAGAUGGUGAUGCCCUGCUUCUGCUUUAUAAUCUCACCACGCGUAAUCUUGCUAAUCUUUUUGUCACAAGAAAGGAUGUGACUGAGGUGGAUGACUACUAUAGCGAACAUUUUGUUACUCAGCAUGAUCUGCUUAGAGAACUAGCUAUCUACGAGAGCAGCCAUGAGCCACAAGUUAACGGUGAGAGAUGCGAGGAGCCAGUAGAACAGAGGAAAAGACUGAUUCUGGACUUAAAAGGAGACGAGCAUCCAAAGUGGUGCAAAGAACAUAAGAAGCGAUCAGUUUCGCUUGCUUGUUUCCAGAGAAACGAAAAUACGAAGGAACCAUUUAGCGCCCACUUAUUGUCCAUCUCAACAGAUGAAAAUUUCUCAUCAAAUUGGCUUGACAUGCAACUACCUGAAGCCAAGGUUCUAGUUCUGAAUUUCCGGACAAAAGACUAUGCCUUACCUAAGUUUGUGAAGAACAUGAAGAAACUAAGGGUUCUGAUCGUUACAAAUUAUAGUUUCUUCCCUGCUGAAUUAAGGAAGUUUAAAUAUCUUCGUUCAUUGAAAGAUUUGAAGAGAAUAAGAUUGGAGCGCAUUUCAAUUCUUUCCCUGAGCAAGACUCGUGUACCAUUGAAGAAACUGCGGAAGUUAUCUCUGUUUAUGUGUAGCAUUGGUAAGGCUUUUAGCAAACGUUCGAUCUCACGUUUACUACCAAAUCUAAGGGAGAUGAACGUCAACUUUUGUGAUGAUUUGGUGGAACUGCCUGCAAGUAUUUUCAAUAUCAUCCACCUGAAGAAACUUAGCAUCACACACUGUACAAAGCUGGCUGCAAUUCCUGAAGAAAUUGGGAAGUUGGUGAAUCUAGAAGAGUUGAGGCUUACGUGCUGUGUCAGUUUGCUAGCAUUACCAGACUCUAUCAAGAACCUCUCUAAGUUAGCCUCCCUCGAUAUAUCUGAUUGCAUCAGCAUUCGGAACUUGCCUGAAGAAAUCGGUGAGCUGCGCAGUUUAAGAAAGUUCAACAUGAAAAACUGUUCAAGGUUGAAGGAUUUGCCUCCAUCAGUUUCAGGCCUUAAGCAGUUGACAGAUCUGAAAUGUGAUGAAGAGAUAAAAGAACGGUGGGAAGAUUAUCUGCCGUCUAUUACUAACAUAGUUAGGUUGGCCAAAGACGAUCCCACUUAAAUUGGCUUCCAAGCCUUCCAAUGUCUUAAUAGCGCAUGCAUUUCUCUCUAUUCAGUACAUUAUCUACUUUCAGUUAUUCGUGUGAUAUUUGUAAUCGUACCUCCUAUAGACCUUACAUUAAACAUUGGUUUUAUUUGGUUUCGUCCCAAUGAACCUUUUUGUUAUAAUA